AUGGCGAUGCUGUGUUUGGCGAAGACCGCGAUGCGCCGGGUGGGGGCGCAGCAGCUGGCGGUGCGUUCCUUGGGGUCCUUGACGUGCGCUUCCUCGUUGGACGCGUCGGUGGCCGGGUUGGUGGUGCCGUGCGGUCGCGGGGACAAGAAGACGGAGCGAGGGAAGCGGUUCAAGGGUUCGUACGGCAACGCGCGGGGGAAGAAGAAGACGAUGAUCCAGCGGAUCAAGGACAGGGUCGAGGUCCCCAGGUCCACCCCUUGGCCGCUUCCCUUCAAGCUCAUCUGACGUCUGGCUCUGGGUUUCGUUCUCCAACUCUUCUGGAUAAGAUUUCCCAUCUUAGUCUUCUUCUUGCCUGUGUUACUUCAUCAACUAUGAUAUUUUUCUUCAGGCUGUUGUCCUGAUUUCUUCUAGCAUCGGAGAAAUUUCUCUGCUUUGUUUUAAGAAAUAAUUCAUGACUAUGAGUAAUUUGAAUUUCCUUCUUUAUCGCAUUCUGGUACGAAGUCCUAAAUGAUCCCAACCUGAGUUCAUCAUAAUAUCUUAUCAAAAUUCUUGGUGAAGUACACGGUGAUUAGAAAACAAAUCAUAUCCGAUAGGAACAAGUCUCACUGAGUGUACGCUGAAAGAAAGAGGAGUUUGUUCUACUUUCAUAAGCAUGAAAACACCAAACAGUUGAGUGAUAUCAAAUUGGUACUGACUCUAGAG